AUAUUUUCAUCUAACCCGAUAAUCCGGAAACUGGUAAUGUUUGUGCAAAGAAUUCGAGGGCUCUUCACGAUGACGAAGAAGAGUCCUUGUUCCAUUCAAGCUUUAUUCGACCUUUGUAAGCAGACUUUUGCGUCUUCUGCAACUUCAUCACCUUCUUCUCAAGCUAUCCACAAGCUUUAUUCGCUUUUGGAUACAAUUGGUCCUGAAGAUGUUGGACUGAAAGAUGAAAGCCGAGAGGAUGAAAGAGGUCAUGGUCUUUUUGGACUCAAUGUCUUCAACAGGGUGGAUCGCUGGGCUCAACCGAUUACAUAUGUGGAUAUACACGAGGGUCAAAACUUUACUAUGUGCAUGUUUUGUUUCCCAACUUCUGCUGUCAUUCCGUUGCAUGACCAUCCUGGAAUGACUGUUUUGAGCAAAGUCCUCUAUGGAUCCUUGCACGUGAAAGCUUAUGAUUGGGUUGAGCCAGCUUGCAUCAGGAAAAGUGAACGUGCUGGUCAUCCUACAGUGAGACUGGCUAGGUUGGCGGUUGAUAAGGUCGUAAGUGCACCACAUGGUACAUCGGUUUUGCAUCCCAAGAGUGGAGGGAAUCUGCACUGUUUUACUGCCGUUACACCUUGUGCAGUUUUUGACAUUCUUGCUCCUCCUUAUCUUGAAGCAGCUGGCAGAAGAUGUACCUACUACCAUGAUUAUCCUUAUUCCAGCUUUGCACAUGGAGAUGAAAUUGUUGAUAAUGGAAAGGAACAAGAAUAUGCAUGGCUUGCUGUGGUUGAUACCCCAGAGGAUCUGUACAUGCGCCCAGGAAGGUACAUGGGUCCAGACAUCCAGAGGUAGCAAUAUACGUUUUCCUGCAUUUGAUCAAGUACGGAGUGUGGAUGUUCAUGGAGCCCUUUUACUGUGAGCCUACCCAAGAUUGACCUAUAAAUGAUGCUUAACUGAUGUGUAUCUUUUUUUUCUCUUCAUAAUCUUCAAGAAGGCUGUUGAUCAUGUUGUUAGAAUCAUGAAAAUGCUACAGUAUUAUAUCGUAGUCAAGUCUUUGGCAUUGUAUAUUGGAGUUUGUAUUAGUUCCCUACUUAUGGACUACACUGGAUAUGUUGUAUUAGUUCCAUAUGAUCAUCAUCUGCUACCCCCGGCAUGUCAACAAAGUAUUUCACUUUUGAGACCUGAAAUUGAAGAUCUUUCAAUCACUCCAAUGUUUAUUAAUAUGUCAUUAAUCUUAGGCGUUGAUGCUGAACUUUUUAUUGUAAUUGAAAAGUGUACUGUCAAUUGUACUCAAGUUUCCAAGCCUUGAUUUA